AUGCCCAUUAUUCUUUUUGGUAUAGUUGUACUGGGAGGUCUUACCAGAUUAACCGAGAGUGGGCUUUCCAUUGUUGAAUGGAAACCAAUAACUGGUGUUAUUCCUCCGAUAACAUUUUCUCAAUGGGAAGAGGAAUUUGAAAAAUACAAGCAAUUUCCAGAAUAUAAAUUGCUGAAUUAUAAUAUAUCGUUAUCAGACUUUAAAUACAUCUAUUUGAUGGAAUGGUCACAUCGAAUGUGGGGACGCAUGAUCGGACUGAUUUUUGUUUUGCCAGCAGUAUAUUUUGGGUUUCGUGGGUACAUGUCAAGACCUAUAAUUAAAAAAGUUGCGGGCCUAGCUGGAUUGCUUGGAUUCCAGGGUGUGUUAGGAUGGUAUAUGGUUAAAUCCGGAUUAUCUGAAGAAUUAUUGUCGACACCGGGUGCCAUUCCACGUGUUAGUCAUUAUUGGCUAGCAGCGCACUUGGGCAGUGCUUUCCUCCUUUAUUCAGGGAUGCUUCUAACCGGUCUACAGAUUUUGCGAGAUUCAAAGAUAGCUUAUGAUUUUCCCAAGGAAGUAGCAAAGAUUCUUGCAAACCCUUCUUUAAAUAGAUUCCGUAGUUUAGCCAUUUGUGCAGCCAUAUUAAUAUUUUUGACCUCCAUGUCUGGCGCUCUGGUGGCCGGCUUGGAUGCAGGAUUAAUUUACAAUGAAUUUCCAUAUAUGGGAAAAAACAUAAUCCCUCCCAAGUCUGAACUAUUUUCGAAAGUAUACGCAAGGUUUGGUGAAACUAGUUUAUGGAGAAAUUUCUUUGAUAAUCCAACAACUGUACAAUUUGACCACCGAGUAUUGGCUACAACAACACUGUGUGCGAUAACUGCAUUGUGGUUAUAUUCACGUCGACUUACACUUCCACCCAAAGCUCGUUUAGCAAUUAAUUUUGUUUUCGGAGUAAGUUGCAUACAAGUAACUUUGGGAAUUAGUACCUUGAUUUAUAUGGUUCCUAUUCCGUUAGCAUCUGCGCAUCAAGCGGGUAGUUUAACACUUUUAACUACUGCAUUAUAUUUGAUACACACAAUGAAAAGAAUUCCGAUCAAGAUAUAA